UUUCCCAGGAUCCACAGGAGAAAAGUGGGCGAAGAUGGCAGCAAACCCAAGCAACAACACACCUACUUUUGACUGCCCGUCCUGGGCUGGGAAACCUCCCCCAGGACUGCACUUGGAUGUGGUGAAGGGCGACAAGCUGGUAGAGAAGUUGAUUAUCGAUGAGAAGAAGUUCUACCUGUUUGGGAGGAAUCCAGAUGUGUGCGACUUCACGAUAGACCACCAGUCGUGUUCGCGUGUUCACUCUGCCCUGGUUUACCACAGGCAUCUCAAGAGAGUCUUCCUCAUAGACCUAAACAGCACACAUGGGACUUUCCUAGGAAGAAUACGUCUGGAGCCACACAAGCCCCAACAGAUACCGAUCGACUCCACCAUGUCAUUCGGAGCAUCUACACGGGUGUACAUUCUUAGGGAAAAGCCCCAGACCCAACUGAGUACGGCACCGGGCGAGGUGAAGGCAGGGGAGGAUGAUGAGCUGAAAGGCCUUCUGGGAUUGCCUGAGGAAGAGACUGAGCUGGAGAACCUGACAGAGUUCAACACUGCCCACAACAAGCGAAUUUCCACCCUCACCAUUGAGGAGGGCAACCUGGACAUCCAGAGGCCCAAAAGGAGGAGGAGGAGUUCCCGCGUGUCUUUCAGUGAUGAAGAGGAGGUCAUCAAUCCAGAGGACGUUGACCCCUCCGUAGGACGCUUCAGGAACAUGAUUCAGACAGCUGUUGUCCCAAUCAAGAAAAAGAAGACAGAGGGCCAUGGCUCACUGGGUCUUGAGGACACAGUUGUACGUAGGAUACAAAACUUUCCCGUCAGCGGAGGUCUCUACGGGGAUCUUCCUCCCACCAGCCAUGAAGCGGCCACUCACCACACCGCAACCCAGGGAGGGGCAGCCAUCCUGGGAAGCUUGCCUUUGCCGUUCCCUAAUCCUGCGCCCGAAGUCAAUCUGACACCUACCUCAUCGCAGCCCCCGGUCACUCUCAGCACUGCUCCUGCACCGGGACCUUACACUGCAGAGCCUCUGAAUGAGCCACGCAAAAAGAAAUACGCCAAAGAGGCAUGGCCUGGGAAGAAGCCCACCCCCUCACUCCUUAUAUAAACAUUCAGGUAUCGUGAGGUGUCCUCUGGCAGCCAUAUUGGACAUCUACAGCUCUUGGAGACAACCGAGUGUGUUUCCGAACCUAAAACUCAAGCCGUCUCAACACCAUGAAAUACACCCGGUUAUUUCUGUGUUGUAUUUGACUAUAAACUGCUUUCAUCACAGAUACAUCUGGUUGAUUUUGUUUGGAUAAUGUUGGCUGAAUAACAAACUAACAACAAGCUAGAAAACUAGCAAACCGUAGUAUGUGAUCAGCUCACUUUUGCUAUCUUGUGAGUGCAUCCGAUUUGCCCAGUUGCUAAUGGGAAGUGGCGAGUGGCAAGUCACAGGUUAUAUUGUUGACAUUAAUUUCUGAAUAGGCCAACAGCCUAAUUGCCCAUAAUGUAAGAAAACCCCAUUUAAUGAACCAAACAACACAAUAGGUCAGUGUAAUCAAAUCUUGAAACCGCAGUACAAAUUGAAUUAAAUUAUCUGUUUUACUGGUUAUUAUUUGGAGCCAUUUUGGCCAAAUAAUGCAGUGAGCAAGAGCAUGUUUUUUUUUCCACUGGGUGCUUUGCUAUGCUGGCUACUUAACCAGGUAACAAAGCUAUAAACCAUUGGCUCCUCUACUCAAAGUGUUUUGCAGUAGGCACUUGGACAAGACAGUAACUUCCAGUUGGAAACAAGUUGUACUUUAUCAUGCAGCUCAUUUUUACUGAGAACAGAGGUUUUCAAAGUGGGAGGCAGGCCUCGUGGAGGGGCGAGGGGCUCGGCAAACAGUUUCAGGGGAGGCUCACACUCAAAGGGUAAGAAGAGAAUUUUAUGCGAGAUUUCUAAUAAACUGCUCUUCUUAUUAGUUAUCAAAAGGAUCCAUGCUGUACACUAAUAUGACUUCCAUGUGGAAAAGAUGAGACACAAAUUUGAAGACGUGUAGUUUUCCAGUGGCAUGGCAUGUUGAAAAACAUUUCUCUACAUGUGUCCGUUAUGGGGAUAUUACGGUCCGAUCAAUAACUUUACCGUUUUAACUGAUCAACACGCCAGCUGACAAAACCCCUCCUCUGUGCUCUCAGCGUCAACCACUGUAUCUGCCCACGUAGCCUGUGCUGGCAGUGAGCUCUGUGGUUUGUUCUAAGACAAUCCCACAAUCCAUUUGGCACACCACGUGAUCAGUCAAGAUGGUGGAAUUUGCAAAACGGUCAAUUCUGUCAGAUUCAUAGAAAAACGAAUAGAGAAAACUAUGCAAAGUCAGCAAAUAUAACAUGGCCUAGAUUAAUGCUGAAGUCAUUGAUCGUAUUCAUAUGAAUCAUUGCAUAACUAUGAGGUAGAUUGGGGAUACCCGGCCCGAGCCCGUCAGGACCCGACGGGUUGGGCCUGGUUCAGACAGAAAUUUAGAAAUUACGUUCAGGUUGGGGUCGGCUGUUUCAGGCAGUAAGUGGAAACUAACAACUAAAACCGUGCAGCCUGAUCAGCAGCCUAGUGUGAGGCAGGUCGGACAAAAGGCGUGCCCUGGUAAUGCCUUUGGACAAACAGGCAAACAGAGCAGAGCUCUCUCUGAUUAUAAUAGUAGGAUAGUUCACACAUAGUUCUGGGUAAUUUUACAAACCUAGACUCUGUAGUUUUCAUGUAUUUGUGCAGUUUGAAGUUAUGUCAAACAGUAAUGUUGGGAUAUCCUCUCUUGAUUGUUGGAUGUCCAUGGGAUCAAAUCGCUGUGAAGCUAUAAAGCUUUGUCCGAGGGGAGGCCCGCGGUCUCAGGCUCUGAAAACCCCUGACUAAAACAUUACCAAACACACCUACACCACAACAAACCGUUUUCGGGUGUCUCUCUUUAUAUAGCCUGAGUGGUUAUAUAUUUAGAUUUGAUUUUACAGGUCAACUUGCAAAUGAUGAUUUGCAACCAGAUUUGCAGCGUAGCCAAAUAGCAAAGCUUCUGUACAGUGCAAGAGAAAAGGGUUGCUACUUCUCCACUGGGUGACCGAAGAAGAAGAAGAAGAAGAAGAAGAAGACAGUCAGAAGCUGUUAGAUUUAUAAUGGCGAGGCAGCACUGAGGUAAAGAUAAUUUGCCGUUUAAUAUAUUAUUAUUUUGGUUUCUUCAUUUCUUAUGCUUUUUUAUUAUUGAUUAUUGAUCUUUGCAACUUGUUUCAUGCAUUUAUAGUCGACUAAACUGCACUGUUGGUAGGUGGGCUCACUGUUUUUGCAGCUUUUUGCAGUUGCUGUAACUUUAUCUUGAAAGUGCUUACGUUACUUGGAGGCUUAUUUUCACCGACCAUUCACUGUAUGAAUACUGCUGUGUUUACAUUAUAUUUGGUCAACAUACGAUUUACUCACAAAAAUAGGAAAAAUGUCACAAGCCAAACAAGGAAUCGCAGACAUGCCAGUAAUAGACUGAGACAAGGCGAUGAACUGUGGGCAAAGUAUGACUUCAAAGGAACUCAAUAAAGAAACUAGUAUUUGUGACAGUAAAAUCAAUGUUUUCUUUUUCUAUUUUUAUACCAGAAUGUCGCAUUCUAAGCAAGUGCCAUUGUCAGAUAUUCAUGAAGCACUUAGAGGGAGAGGGCUAUAAUUGAUAUGACUGUUAUUAGAAUUCAUCUGUGCUUGAUAUUUGUAUAAUAAACUAUAAUCCAUA